CUCCGAUUCUGCACUCCCCGCCGGCAAUGUUGCCACCAGGAACGCACAUCACUGUUUGGCUUUGUCCGAAAAUAUAAACGCUGUGCAAAGUUAUCCCUCAUCCACACGACCCCUUGUUCAGCUCGCGUGUCAUUAGUGUCCGCUGUAAAUUCUUCCCAUCAUUGCUAUCCAUCCAUAUUGAUAAAAUGGCGUCAGUCAAGUUCCACCCACGGUCUAUCUCCAACAAAAGACAUCUCAGUGCACUAGACAUGAACGGCUUAGGGGAAAGCACCCUUAAACGGUUCAAGCCCAUCGUUGGUCAUGUGCGCCACAUCAAGGCCGCUGACUUUGACGAAUUCACCCCUAACACCCCCUCUCUGGACGAUCUGGAAUCGGAGCGAGAAGACGAGCGGAAGGGAAAGGAGUACGCCUUGCCUUUGUCGCCCGCCGGCACAUCUGGCGAAAAGUCGCCCUCGCCGAUGAGCACAGAGCAGCUUACCGCCCCUACAGCCUUGCCCACGGCCCCAGCAGAUGAGCUCUCGUCCAACAUCGACUACAUUGCCCUCUGUUCAACCAUCAACUUGCUUCGCGAACAGCGCCAGCAAAUCCGAAACGAAAUCCUCACGUUGGCAAGCUUCAAAGCUGAGGCGACUAAAGCGGAUGUCAGCACCCCUGCUGGCGUGGCCCAGCUCUUGGGCGCGGUGCCUCAGGUUAAGCCAUCCAAAAUUGUGACGUGCCCCUUGGUGGACUGGAGCGUCUACAAUAAUGUCUCGGCGGAAGAUGCGGAUGGCGUGUCUCGUGUGAUACUCCAGAAACAGAAGAAUCUGGUUUUUAAGUGCACCAAAUUGUUUGGAAACUGAACAAUCAAAGCAGCAAUGCAAAGUACCAAUGCAAAGUACCAAUGCAAAGUAUCAAUGCAAAGUACCAAUGCAAAGCGCCAAUGCCAAAACACCAAUGCCAAGCACCGCAGUUUGAAAGCUAAACCGGUGUGUACCAUAUCGGUCUGGACAAAAGAACUGGCGCACAAAUCCACCGGUUGUCCUGAACUGCCAAAACUCAAAAAGACCCUAAAAAAUUUCUCUUCGGGCCCUCUGUACUACUAUUAUGACGCAUAUUCCCC